UAGAGGAAACAUGGCUGCUCGCUGGAGCAGCGAGAAUGUGGUGGUGGAGUUCAGAGAUGCGCAGGCGACUGCCAUGUCAGUGGAUUGCCUGGGUCGACAUGCUGUGCUGUCUGGACGGCGUUUCCUCUACAUUGUAAAUUUGGAGGUUCCCUCGGAGCCUUCACGGAAGAUUGGGCGUCAGAGCAAGUGGGACGUGGGCACUGUGCAGUGGAAUCCACACAAAGCAGAGGCACACCUAUUCGCUGCAUCUAGUAACCAGCGUGUGGACCUCUAUGUGUGGCGUGAUGGAUGUGGGGAAGCUCACACAUCUCUACAGGGUCAUACACGAGUUAUAAGUGACUUAGACUGGUCAUGGUUUGAGCCAGAAUACCUUGUGACAAGCUCAGUUGAUACAUACAUAUACAUCUGGGACACAAGAGACACACGGAAGCCAACAGUGGCCUUAUCUGCAGUGGCCGGGGCAUCCCAAGUGAAAUGGAACCGGCGUAAUCCAAACUGUUUAGCCUCCAGCCAUGAUGGAGACGUGAGAAUAUGGGAUAAACGGAAACCUAAUACUGCAAUGGAAUACGUGGCAGCUCACUUGUCUAAGAUUCAUGGGCUGGACUGGCACCCAGACAACGAGUACAUCCUGGCAACGUCAAGUCAGGACAAUUCAGUGCGGUUCUGGGACUACAGACAACCUCGGAAAUACCUCAAUAUUUUGUCUUGUCAAGUACCUGUGUGGAAGGCAAGAUACACGCCGUUCUCCAAUGGGCUGGUGACAGUGAUGGUGCCCCAGCUGCGCAGGGAGAACAGCUUGCUCCUGUGGAGCACUCUAGAUCUCAACAGCCCAGUGCACGCCUUCGUGGGCCACGACGAUGUGGUGCUGGAGUUCCAGUGGAGAGCUCAGAAAGAAGGUUCCAAAAAUUAUCAGUUAGUCACAUGGUCCAGAGACCAGACUUUACGGAUAUGGCGAGUAGAUCCUCAGCUUCAGAAGCUGUGUGCCAAUGACAUUGUGGAGGAGCUUGUGGAGGGCAUGACUCUCAACACGGAGUCUGAGAAGACCUUACCCUCUCAGGACUCCGAACCUCCACUCAGCCCUGGCCUCUCCACAGAGGAACUUGAAGACCAGCCCGAGGGCUUGUCGGGGACGCUGCUGGGAGGGGGGCGUCAGGACGCUCCUGGUCUACCUCAGACCCUGCAGCAGGAGUUCUCCCUGGUCAACCUCCAGAUACGCAACGUCAACGUGGAGAAGAUGGAUGCUGUGAAUCGCAGCUGUUUCGUCUCAGCCCACUGUGGUGCUAACCGCGUGCGGCUGGUGGUCAAGUUUCCUGCCCUGUACCCCAACAAUGCAGCGCCUACCUUCCAGUUUGUUCCCCCUACCACCAUCUCAUCUUCCAUGAAGACUAAGAUUCUGAAGAUUCUGACGGACACAUCUCUGCAAAAAGUCAAACGAAAUCAGAACUGCCUGGAACCAUGUGUCAGGCAGUUGGUGUCUUGCUUAGAGUCUGACAUGGAGGAUGGCACUGCAGCGAACCCCUAUGUGCUGCCAGUCACCCCUGCCCUGCCUGCCUUCCCUCGCGUCACCAACACCUACGGCUCCUACCAGGACGCCAACAUCCCCUUCCCGCGCACCUCCGGGGCUCGCUUCUGUGGAACUGGUUCCCUGGUGUAUUUCACACGGCCCAUUACUAUGCAUCGCUCAGUCCCUCCCACAGAGCCAACUCCCAGGUCACUGUCUGCCCUGUCAGCCUACCACAGCGGUGUCCUGACCCCUAUGAAGAUGCGCACUGAGCCCCAGAGCACCCUCCGGCUUUACAGUGGUAGCCCCACACGCUCCGACAAAGAGCAAGUCUCCAUCUCCUCAUUCUACUACAAGGAGCGGAAGCCUCCUCAGUCCAUUCUGCGACGCUGGUCUAUACAGGCUAUUCAUGACUUUCCGAAAUCCAGGCGUUGGAAGAGUAAGCGGGAGGGCAGCGACUAUGGCAACCGGCCCAUUAAGCCGGCGGGCAAGGUCAUCAUCCAGGAGAUCUGCUGCCUGCUGCCCAUCCACAAGGCCCUGGGGGAGACCUACGUGUUGAAUGUGAAUGACAUACAGGACACGUGUCAGACGAAUGCAACAGCUGCUCUGGCAGUUGGCCGAAGAGACUUGGCAAAGGUGUGGGCCCUCGCCUCUGCAGCCACCAGUAUGGACCUCAGUCCUGACUCGGACCCGGACGCCGACACCCCCUGGGCCAGACACCCCUUUGGGCGCCACCUUUUGGAGACGCUACUUGACCACUACAGCCAGAUGAGUGACGUGCAGAGCCUGGCUAUGCUGUGCAGUGUGUUCCAGGCCCAGGGGAGUCCCCAAGACUACUUCACACUGUACGGACACCACCUCCCUCGCUCCACUAUCUUCCCACCACAUCACUCGCGCUAUCCCAGCUACACCUCCAGCUCUGUCACCUCGGGCUCCUGUUCCAGUACCUCAGACUCCACCACCACCGCAUGGAAUAUCGGUAGCCACUCCGGCCGAGACCCUGAGCAUGCGCCUCCAUGGGGGGAGUCCUCCCCUGACGACUAUCGCUAUGCCAACCAGGUGUACACUGACCCUCGCGAACGAGAGAAGGAGCAACAUGACAUGAAUAAAAGGCUUCUGGAUCCAUCCAAUGCCUUGCAGUUUGACGACUUCAAGAAGUGCUAUGGUGAAAUCCUGCACCGCUGGGGUCUAAAGGAGAAGAGGUCCGAGGUGCUCAAGUUUGUAUCCUGCCCACCUGAGCCGCACAAGGGCAUUGAGUUUGGUGUAUACUGUUGCCACUGCCGCAGCCAGGCGCGGGGCACCCAGUGCGCCGUGUGCAAGCGUUUCACCUUUCAGUGUGCCAUCUGCCACGUGGCCGUGCGUGGCUCCUCCAACUUCUGCCUGAGCUGCGGCCACGGCGGCCACACCAGCCAUAUGAUGGAGUGGUUCCGCUCGCAGGAGGUCUGCCCCACAGGCUGCGGAUGCCACUGCCUGUUGCAGAGCACCUUCUGAGGACACCAGCGCCUCCCAAAUACCCUCUAAGAGCUCCUGGUCCUGGUCCCCCCAGAACCUUCUAAGACUUUCAGCUCCUCCUAGCCAAUGGACAAAUGUGUUUUGUGGUCACUUAACUACUUGUCGUUGGAGCUUUGUCAAGAAGGAGAGCAAUACAGAGGACAAAGAUGUAAGGUGGAUUUGACUACACGGUGUGCAGGGUUGGCGUUAUCAGGGAAGAAGACAGGGGGUGGCAAACGGGUAUGUUGCCCCGGCCGCAGGGAGAGGGGAAGGGUGCAGAAUUGGGUUGUCAUUGCUUUUUAUGUAUUGGGGUGGGGAGGGGUGUGCUCUCAGAUGACAUUGUCCGAUGACAAUGUCCCAGGCCCGUCCAAACCUGUCAGCAGCCCUAGGCGUCAUAGUGACCGUAUAUCUGUGCUGCUUGAUAAAUUGUCAUUCACAAGGAGGAUGGCUUCCUUUGUUUUGACAGAGAUACUGUGACAUCAGUGGUUGAUUUAACUUGUGUUGCCAACACCGGGUUCUCUGUGGUGGCAAUGUCUUUAUUUAUGCAAAGUGUGGCAUUGAUCUAGUGCCUAAAAUGGGUGUUAUACUUACUUAAUAAUAAUAAGUGUUGUCGGACUGUGACUAACUUUUAGAAACACUCACAUUUUUUGACUCAAACAUUUUAAGAAACUGACCUCUUUGGUGAAGUUUGCUUAAAACUUCACAUUUUGAUGAAGGAUUUCCAUACAUGUACAUAUACCGGUAAUUAAAACACAGUGUCUUGCAAAAGUGAGUAUGUCCUUCACAUCUCAACAACAACAACAAACACAUAUAUCCUGUGGCUUUUCAAUGGGCAAUACUAUUACAGACUGGAACCUAGAAAAUGUUUUUUGGGCUUUCGGCAUACCACUUUUGUUGUAGUAUUGAUCUGUGUGAAAACAACUUUCACAAGCAGACAUAUUCAUAUAUCAACACGCCCACAACCCUCCUGUCCAGAAGAGUGACUCCCCAUCCAGUGUCUCCACAGGGUUCUACUUAAAAUGGCUAAUGGGACAAAGUGGCUAGUAAAUUGGUCUUUUCUACCUGGCAAACUGAAAUUUCACCAGCAUUUAAUCGGUUAGCUGGUGUUAAUUUGGAGCCCUGAUUGUGAUUCAUGGAUAGGUCAACUGAUCCCAUCUGAAGCGGGUCAGUUAUUUUUAUUCUCUCUAUAUAAUUUUUGUCUAAUGUUAGUUCCCACUUAGCUUCCACUUUGUUUGCACUUAUUCAUUGACAUGAAGAAGCCAAUGGUAUGUUCUUCAUUUUCGGUCUGUUGAAUCAGCUGAAAACCUGCCAAACCAAUGUCUGCGCAUGCCGAAUGUGCUUCCCACACUUCUUACAUUUGACGCAAAGACACAACGGCACUCAGACACCCUAGAUACCAUCAGAUGGUGGACGUUGGGUCAGUGUGCACGGUACUCAACACCCAUCUUUCGCACUACACGUUUAUCUCAGGCCCACGCACGCACGCACGCACGCACGCACGCACACACACACACACACACACACACACAGUCUCUCACAGCUGACGGCCACACACACACAGCCCAUUAUCAGUCACAUCCCUUCAAAGAUCAACACAUCAGAUUACUAUCCACAAAUUGCAUCAGCAGCACCACACAUACACCACCACCACCCCCUACUCCCCAUGCAGUGGCGGAACAAUUGCACACAGGGCCCCAGGGCAAGACACUGGUACGGCGGCCUCACUGAUACGACCCCCAUAUGGCCUGGCAAGAUCACAAUAGCGCCCUCACCACCAAUACGAGAGGGCCCCGGGGCCCCGUGGCAAAUGCCCUGCUCUGCCCCCUAUAGCUCUGCCCCCGUCCCCAUGCAUGAUAAAGGUUGACCAACAGCAAUUUCACUGCAUGUCCUGCUCCUGUAGGACAUCCUUUUAUCCUUGUCAGUAAGCAAUCAAAAUGUUGAGUCCCUACACUCAAUGUCAGAUCCUAAGUUUUCUUUAAACAUAAAUGCCUGAGUGGAUGUAGCAUUACCUCCCCAACCCACGGGUGAGCCUGCUGCCUCACAAACAUUCACGCCCUGUGAUCCCUGGACAAGAGAAUACAUUUUUACUGAAAUGUGUUCUCACUUUGUUGUGAGAUGUUGAAUGCUCAUAUGCAAAUGUGCCUCCAAAUGAUGAUUCCUCCAAAAUGUAAUAACAUAAACAGGGUACACCAGAGGAAGGUAAUCAUGGAUUUCUUGCUGUAGGCCUGUGCUGUUAGUUAUGUGCUCGAUUAUAAUUGAAUUCUAUAUCAGGAUAGGGAGCAUGGCACCAUUUUACCAGAGAUAUCCGGUGAGUCACAGUUUUUAAUUCUGCUUUAAGGGACUCUGGAGGCCAUAAAAUGAAUGAAUAGAUGAUCUGUUUGUGUGCUCUACUGUGGCCGAUCUGCUGCCUCAUUUUUCAUGUUCAGAAAGGGUUUUCAAUUUCCCCAAGCGGUUGAUGCUAAAUUAAAAUCCAAUGUAAUAUGUUCUAUAUAUCCAUAAAACAACAGAUCUGGCUCUCAUGCCCAUGACGAUUAAAAUGAAUUGCAGUUUAUCAUGCAGCGUAUGUAAUCAAUAGGCAAUUGUUCUGAACAGUGCAAUCAAUGUUAAAUCAAACCAAACGGAAGUGUUAAAGUAGUGCUGAUAAAAAAAUGGUUUAUAAUCAUAUAUUCCGGUAAUGACAAGUAAUUUAGCCCAUAGAAAGUCUAUGGUCUGAUAAGCUAAAUUACUGGGGGGAAAGUUACAUUGUUAGUGUAGUGCAGCUGUAAUAACAACAGAAACUGAAUUGAGCAAUAGGCCAGCUUCCUAGUCACUGGGCUGGGCUGGGCAGAGAGGGGUUUUGAUUUCCUUGUCAGACUCUUUUCCACUGUAUUUCUAAUUAAGCGCUAAAGCUGGUUUAGGUUCACAUGCAACGAAGGCAUAGUUAAGGGGCUUGUGUGUGUAGAAGGUGCCUUCUUCAUUUCCAGUAAAACUAUCCAUAGUGCUUCUUCUGCAAGUAAGAAAGGUUUUCAUCAUCAUCAAAGCAUGGAGCAUGGAGGAUCCCACAUUCCAUGUGGCCUCACCUUUUUUGUUUGAAAUGUAGGCCUAAUUAAAAUCACAGUAUGACAAUAAGUAACCAAUGGCAAUGGGGUGUGUGGUGGACGACUGAAAUAAUGAUCAUCUAUCUCGUCAUCUCUCUUUUUUUCUCAUAAAGCGUUCCAGAACCCAACAGUGCUGUAUAAGAAAAAUAAAUAGAGAUUGAGUCUCUAUUUUGACAUUCCUCCCUGUUGCCUCAACGUAUUGCAGAGAAACAGGGGCUUCACAGCUGAGCUGAGCUGAGGUGAGAUGAGGAGACAUAGGCCUAUUGUGGAUGGCUGAGUGUUUGACAAUAUAAUUCUGGAGCUGAUUUGAAAUGAAAGCCAAUGUUUCAUAGAGCACAAGGUCCUUAUCUUGCUGUGCCGAUAUAACACAAGAGGAUGUCACUGAAGAGGCAUUUCAACAUCAGAGACCUAAUAGAGCUUCUCUUGACAGAGGUGAAUAAAACAUUAACACACGUUAUAUCCUUCUGUGCACUGCAUCUGUGAGGAAAGGAUAGCCUAUGAACUGUAUGAAUUUGGUGAGAGGUUUUUGGGCGUCUAUGGUUGACUGAAAAUACAUGUGACUUCAGCGUGAAGGUAAGGGGGAAAGGUUAUUUUGUUUUGAUUUUUUUAAGGGAUAACUGUAAUGUUUGUUGGUGCCCUUGAUGAGCAUUGAAUUUACAAGAUGACUUUUUUUAAAAGGCUCCAAAUGUUUCUGAGUGACGCAUAGUAUU